GUGUCGUACAAUGCUCCCGAAGUUGACAUACGCCUGACCAUCGACGAGAUUCGUGACAUCUCAAGGGCUGCUGCUGAUUCUUUCAUAAGACACAAAGGUCUUAUAAAGUUACCAGUCGAUGCCCUGCCGAUAACAGUGGUUGGCGAUCUUCACGGCCAGCUAGUCGACCUACGAAAAAUUUUAGAUCGCUGUGGUGAUCCUUCACGAAACACUUACAUUUUCCUAGGUGACUACGGAUUAGAAUUGGCUAUUUUGCUUUUCUGCUAUCAAAUGCGCUACCCGGACCGAGUGUUUCUGCUCCGUGGCAAUCAUGAAGAUGUGAACACGACCAGCACUUACGGUUUCUACGAUGAGUGUAUGCAAAAUACGGGAAAA